AUGGUGUUAGGUAGUGGAUGGUCUGGUGAUACAUGCCAGCUCCGAGUAGAAAUAACCAAUAAUACACCCGAAGUGGUUCGGGAAUUCGCCUUCCAAGCUGCAGUCACCAAGUCGUUCACAAUAGAGCUUGAACCGCCGAACUCAAAUGUCUUGGAACCAAUGGGUGGAUCCACAAUUGUUCAAGAAAUGAAAAUUACAAGGAUAUCAUCGUCAGGGGCACCUUUGCGAAUGCGCACCAGGGCGCUCUACAUGUCUAAGGGAAUGUCUCAGAAGAUUCAAGGAGAAGUUAACCGAUUUCCGGGUCUAGAUUAA